AUGAGUAGCAUUGCUAAAAAGUUCAUCAAUACUCCUCACUUUGCUGUUGUAGGUGCAAGCAUAGCCAAAGAAAAAUUUGGCAAUAAAGUAUUAAAAUGGUAUCAAUCGAACGGUCUAGAUGUAACACCUGUCAACCCCGUAAAUAAAAAACAAGAUAGAAAUAAGGAAGAUGUGAUUGAAAACCUCAAGACUGUAAAAUCAAUCAAUGAAUUACCUAAUCCAAAAGAGACUGCCUUAUCUGUGAUUACACCACCCAAAGUAACCUUAAAAGUAUUGCAAGACGCUAAAAUGAUUGGUAUUGAGAAUGUAUGGAUACAACCAGGUGGAGAAGAUGAAAAGGUCAUUCAGUUUAUCAAUGAUAAUAAGUCAACAUUAAAUGUUAUCUAUGGUGGUCCAUGUAUUUUAGUAAAAGGCUCUAGUUUAUUACAAAAUUACAGAGGUCGUCUAUAA